GAGAGAGGUUGCGCGGAGGGGGAUGGGUCGAGACUGGUUAGCAUGGAAGAACCUUGAGGGUUCUGAGGCACCAGAGGAUGUCCUUUGACCGUCUUGAUGAGUCACGUGGGCUGACGGGGGCGGGGCGGAAAGGCUGGAUAAGUUCCUUCCGGGUCAGUGACAGAAGCGUGGACUCCGCUGAGUAGUUGUUGGCGUCUUGGUCCGCUCCGCGUCUUCCUCGUAUCAACGCGAGGUGAUUGUGGUUUCCACGAUGAGCUCCCAGAAAGGGAACGUGGCUCGUUCCAGGCCUCAGAGGCACCAGAAUACGUUUAGCUUCAAAAAUGACAAGUUUGAUAAGAGUAUUCAGACCAAGAAAAUUAAUGCAAAGCUUCAUGAUGGAGUUUGUCAGCGCUGUAAAGAAGUUCUUGAAUGGCGUGUAAAAUACAGCAAAUAUAAACCAUUGUCAAAGCCUAAAAAAUGAUUCUGUUUUGUCCCAUUGAUCCAUGUGUCUAUCCUUUCACCAAUACUACACUGACUUGAUUACUGCAGUGUUUCAGUAAGUCUUGAAAUCCAAUCAUGAGUCUUCCCACCUGGUUUUCUUUUUCAAAAUUAUUUUGUCAGUUAUAGUUUUUUUUUGCCGUUUUCUUACAACUCUUAGAAUCAGUCUGUCAAUUUCUACAGAAAGACAUUGGUCAUUGCUAGAACACAGAGUUUAUUUUUGUUUACUGACCAUAUAUACUAUGACUUUAAUAAACUCAUGUUUUAUUUAUUUACUUUUUAAAAAGAUUUUAUUUUUAAGUAAUCUUUACACCCAGUGUGGGACUCAAACUCAAAACCUAGAGAUCAAGAGUCACAUUCUGUACCGACUGAGCCGGCCAGGCGCUCCCUCACUUUUUAUUUCUAAUACUUAUUUAGUUAAUUCAUUGGGAUUUUCUACAUAGACAAUGAUUUAAAAAAAUAAAGACAGUUUUAUUUCUUGCUUUCCUAUCUGUAUGCUACUGUAUUUCUUUUUUGCCUUUAUUGCACUGCUUAGGACCCCCAGUAUGUUUUUGAAAAGGAAUGAUGAGGGCCUGUAUUCUUUCCCUGUUCCUGAUCUUAUAAGGAAGAUAUUCAUUCUUUCAUCAUUAAAUAUGAUGUUAGCUGUAAUUUCUUUGUAGAUGCUUUUUAUCAGUUUGAAGAAGUUUCCUUUAUAGUUUGCUGAGAGUUUUUAUCAUGCAUUGAUGUUACUUUAAUGCUUUUUCUGUGUCUAUUGAGAUCAAUAAAUGGGUUUUCUUCCUUAGAACAUCAAUUCAGUGAAUUAUAUUAAUUGAUUUUAAUAUAUUUUUUUACUGUUUAUUUUUAUUUUUGAGAGAGAGUGUGAGCGGGGCAGGAGCAGGGGCAGAGAGAGAGGGAGACAGAAUCAGAAGCAGGCACCAGGCUCCAUCUGUCAGCAUAGUGCCAGAUGUGGGGCUUGAACUCACUAACCACAAGGUCAUGACCUGGGCUGAAGUCGAUACUUAACUGACUGAGCCACCCAGGCGCCCCUUCAUUGAUUUUAAUAUUGAAUCAACCUUGCGUGCCCUUGGAUAAAGCCUACUUGGUCAUGAUGUAUACCCUUUCCGAAAUGUGAUAAAUUUCAUUUGCUAACAUUUUGUUAUAGAUUUUUACAUCUAUGUUCAUUAGAAAUACCAGUCUGUAAUUUUGUCUUUGUGUUAUCACAAUAUUAGGGCCUCAUCACAUGUGUUGAGAACUUUUCCUUCCUAUUUUGUUUUCUGAAAGGACUUGUGUAAUUAGUUUUUUUUUUAAUUAGUGCUAUUUCUUGUUUUGAUAGUAUGCCUUUUCAGAAAUGUGUCUGUAUCAGUAGAGGUUGUUGGAUUUAUGUGCAUCAAGUUGUUCGCCAAAUUCUCUUACUGUUCUUUUAAUAUCUGUUAGAUUUACCUAGUGCUGUCCCUUCUUUCAUUCCUGAUACUGGUAAUUUGUCUCCUUUCUUUUAUCAUCGUCAGUCUGGCCAUGUGUUUAUGAAUUAUAUUAAUUUUUUAAAAGCAUCUCCUUUUGGUUUUAUCGAUUUUCUCUAUCUUUCUGUUUUCAAUUUUAUUGAUUUUUUUAAAAAAGUAAACUCUACUUCCAGUGUGGGGCCUGAAGUCAGGACCCCAAGGUCAGAGUUACAUGGUCUACUGACUGAGCCAGCCAGGCACCCCUCAAUUUCAUUGAUUUUGGUUUGUAUUGACAUUGCUUCCUUCCAUUUGUUUGCUUUGAGUUUACACUUUUUCCCAGGUGCCCC